UUCCGGUACUUAAACUUAAGCACAUUGUUCGUUGCGAGGGAAAAAAAUUAAGUUAUUUUUUUUCGUGCUAGACUAAGCGUUUUAUUUAACGUAAGUGAACAAGUGAAAAGGCAUUGAAGCUCUUCAUUUAUUUAGUUUUAUUUUCGAAAUUUACGAAAAAAAAGGAUCAGUUAGAAACAAUUGGAACUCAUGAGGACACUGAUGGUGAAUGAGUAUAGAGAAAAAUGGUAUGGGGUGGAUUUGCGUGAAAUAAUUCAUAUUCAUUUAGACUUUAAUGGCUUUAAUGUAGAAAAAAUGUAACAUUCUUUCAUAUCUAAUUAUUAAAUUGCUUUUCAAUGUAAUAGAAUGCAUAAUGGUACUAUUUGUAUUGAAUUUUUCUAUUUAUCGUGUAUUUGGAUUAUUUUCAUCAUUCACAUUAUUCACAAAAAAUUAUUUUGCUUUGAUUUAAACAAUGUUUCACAGUGAAUUAAUUCAGCAUAAUUUUCGUUGCUUCAGCAUAUUAUAGAAUUUUCAUUGUAUGGCCUCUUCCUUGUUGAUCAAAUCCUUGAAGAUUUCCAUAAAAAAAGGUUUUAAAAAGUGAAGAAAAAUUUAUUUAUUUGCACAGAUGUUUUCUGUUAAUAUAGUAGGUAUUUAAAAUAAUUUACCCUUCAGAUAAAGUAAUUGCAACGACGAUCUUCAUAAUAAAAUUUAUUUUGGAUUCUUUCUCUUUAAAAAAAAUUAAACACUUAAUUUGUUAAUGAUCCCGAUCAAAUUAGAGUGAUUUUUUGCCAAUUAAUUGAAUAUUUCAAACCUAAUAUGUUAGUCAGUCAGACCAAUUUUUUGGUAUUUUUAGAAAAAAAACAAUGAAAAACUUAAAAGUUUUAAAAUAGAUUGUGCAAAGACAACUUCAUAAUACUGUAAAUAGUACCUAUUUAUGUAUCAAUCUAUGAUUAUUUUACAAGGAUAAUUUUUUAUUUCAUGCACGCAAUACAAACGAGUUUAUUUUGCAUAAUUGGGUGUACGUACAGUUUUGUCAACCAAGUCCUUGUUUGUGUACUUAACUUGCUAUAUACUUGUAAUAUUGAAAUCUGGGGUGAAAAAAAUAUUACACAGUGCUAAUCUGUCUAAUUUUGCAAGUAGUUACGUCGUACUCCCAUAAAAAAGCCCAAAAAAAUUAUCUUUUUACCUCAGAUUUCCCUAUAUGCAAUUUGAAUCCAGUAAAAAUUAUUAAAGCUCCAAAGGAUUCAUAAAAGAACUAAUUUCUUAAAAUUGGUGAAGCAGGAUAAUCUACAAACCUAUCAAAGAGAAUCCACAUUUUGUUUUCUUUAUAUAGCUGCAAAAAAUGAUUAUGUAAACUUUAAAUAAUUUUUGUGUUGAGCAUGUUUUUCGUAUCUUAAUGCACUAAAUAUAUUUUUUUCACGACGACUAAAAUGUCCAGUGUCCAUGCUGAGACUAUUGUUCUUUUACUGAUGCUAUACACUCUUAUCUUUAGGUUUUAAUUUUCAAAUACAUUUUCACGUUUUCACGACAACUUUACUUAAUAUUUUCUGCACGAUAGCACUUAACAGGACAGAUAGUGAUAAGCUACCAAGCAAGAAGGAACUACUGCGCUAAAAGUGAAAUUUUGCAACUUUUUUUAAUAUACUGUGGGUCUGAUUUAUUAUUCACACUUUUUCUUUGUAAUUUAUUAUUAAAUUUUUCCUUAUGUAAAAUUACAAAAUGAGAUUUUUUAUCUUAACUUAUGUUCUUCUUCUUCUAGGAAAUAUGAUUCUAUAUGCAGAGAUGGAAUUAUAAAUCGAACUUUAUGCAAAAGGCACUACAGAACGAUUUCAUUAAGACAAUCAAGUCAAAAAUUUACAAAAGAAUGGAUCCAUAAAUUGCAAAAAGUGAAAUGCAACGUAGAUCUGAAAGAUGCUUUGAUAAAAUUAUCGCAGUAAAAAGGCUAUCAAAUGAGAGAAAGCCGAAAGUGAUUGGGAAAAGUGCAAAAAUGACUGGUGAUGAAACAUUCGUGAUCUCCGUAGAUGCUUUAAGAGAGGAUGGAAAAGUGCUAAAGCAUUUUAACAUUCCCAUAGAAUUACCAUCGAUCCGUCCAAAACGCGAUUCCCGUGUUAGUUCAUCCAUUGUAACAUCCUUGCCGCUUAAGAAGAGAUAUCAAGUGAGUCAGGAGCACUACGAUAAGACAGUGAAACUCCGGAGAUUGUCUCGCAAGCCCAUUCUUAAGAGAAUGCUGCAAGAAGUGGGCACGAAAAUAAAGAGGAUUCCUUUAAAGGAUGAUGUAGCAAGUGAAGAAACUCCUCUGGAUCUCUCGAGAAUCCCACGUAAGGAGAUGCCGAGGAGUUCAGGAGAAACUCGUCAUAUCCACCAGGCGGCUCAUGCUGAAGACAUUCCUCAGCCAGUUCAUUAUCCAGUUCCAUUGAGGUACUUGGUUCAUUCAUACCCUCAAAUGAGACUGAUGGAGGAUCCACCACCGGAAGUACCUACAUUGUAUCCCCCACCGCCACCUCAGAAUGCGAGAGUGAGUGAAAUUCCCAGACUACAGCCGAAUUCACGGAUAUUACCAACAUACAGCUAUCCACACGUUGUUCAUUCGAAUCCGUACGUACGUCCAUCGGUUUCUUACCACCACCCAGUUCCUGCAACAUACUACGAAGGAUGCCCAGACGAGUCAGUUCUCCAACGGAGAUCCUAUCACCUAGCAAUCCCAUCUAAUUAUGCACCUGUUUCCGAAGUGCCUUACAUGGAAGAUGGUGGAUACGUCUAUCCACCUCCGCGUCCUCUGGCAGAACCCUUCCCGCAAUAUGCUCAUGUUCCACAACGCUACCUGCCUCAUCCACCCCCCGUAGAAGUUCCCAAAAAUCCACCAGCAAUUCCAUACUCAAAUCAACCAAUUACCUAUGCCUUUCAUCCACCUGCCUGUAUUCCACGCACUAAUUUUGUACCCCAACCAGCAGUGGUUCACCAAGCAAUCCCUCAUAAUUCCCAAAAUGUUCAAGAAAUUCCCUCCAAUCGUCAACGAUCGACACGAUUACCAUCCGAUGUUAGGCAUCUGAGGCAAUUUCUUUUGGAAAAUGCAGCUAGACAACAGAGAAUCCCAGUGCCGAAGGCAACAUUUUCUGAUGAAAUCCCCGUUUAUUGCGUAAGAAAUCCUUCGUACAAUGGAUCCUCCAGUUCCGCGCAUGAUCCUCCACCAAAGGGUGUCCGAUAUUCUCAUGGCAGCAAUAAGUGAAUCUCUUUUGUGAAAAAUGCAAAGCAGGACAUUUUUUUAUAAGAAAAAAACCAGAUAUUCUGAGAAAUUGCAAAUGGAACUUCUUUAUUAUAAAAGACUUCCAAAAACUUGGAAGUAGUUUUGCAAAAUUUAUUAGGAAUGCAGGUGUAAAUUUUGUAUUUUGUAAUAAAAGUUUCAUUGAAGCUCA